AUUCAACAAAAUGUCCUAAAUAAAUUAAUAAUUGCUAAGGUCAUUACUUGUAGACCCUGAAAAUAUUGAUGAACAUUUAUUAUGUGGCAUCUGCCAUUUAUUAGUUUGUAAUCCAAAAGAAUGUGAAUCUUGUUAACAAUUAUUUUGUUUAGAAUGUAUUUAAGAUUGGAUGAAAAGAAAAAGUAAGAUUAUAAACUAGUUUAGAAACUUGCCCCUACAGAUGUUCUGAAAAUGAAAUUAAACUUAAAGAACCUCAUAGAUAUGUCAAGAAUACUAUAUCACAUCUAAAUAUUAAAUGUUCUAAUGAAGAUUGUGAUAAAAUUAUAGAAUUAGGAUAAAUAGAUCAUCAUGUUAAAGAAUGUUUAUAUACAACACAAAAUUGUCAGAAUGAAGGAUGUGGAGAAAAAAUAAAAAAUUUUAAAUUGGAAGAGCAUAGAUAAAAAUGUUAAUUUAGAAAAGUUAUUUGUGAUCAAUGUCUAAUAAGUUAUCCACUAAAUUAAAAUCAUAAUUGUUUUAAAACUUUGAAUUAAAAGAUUGAAGAUUAAAACUUAAUUAUUAACUAGCUUAAAAAAAUGAUUGAAGAUUAAAAUUCAAUCAUUAACUAGCUUAAAUAAACUGUACUUUAAUAGUAGAUUGAUUAAUAAUAAAUUUAAUAACUAUAAAAAUUAGGGCGAGCACUUUAAUAAUAAAAAGAUUAAACAUGUGAAAAUGGCCAUAACUUGAUUUGGGUUUAAGCAAUAUAUAGGCAAUAAUGUAGUUCAUGCUAAUAAUUUAAUGAAAUUGCAAGAUUUAAGUGCUAAUAAUGCAAUAAAAUUUAUUGUCAAAAAUGCAAAAAAGCAUGUUUUAAGGAUUAAAAAUGUCCUGCAAAACAUUAACUAUAAUAUAAAUCAAUUGUAAUUAUUUUAGUCAAAUCAAUAAAUAGGCCUCGUAGACCAUAACUUGUGAUUUUUGUAGUUAGAGGCCUUUUUUUAAAGGUGAAGGAGUCUGGAGUGAUAGAGAAUGUGACUUUGAUAUUUGCGUUUCCUGUUAUAAUAAAGAAUAAUCAUGAAAUAAAUAAAAUAUGCA